AAUUUCAGAUAAGUUUGAUAACAGAAUUUUAUUCUGUAAGUGCCAUGGGGUCGGUCAAUCGAAUAGUUGACCGGGCCAUACCUUUCGAAGAUGCUGCAAGAGUGGCGGCGUGGGAAAAAUCGGAAGCACGACGCAAGCGUGAAAUCUACCUCAGACAAUUCUCAUGUGCUGUUGAAGCUGCCGUUUGGCCAUACUCUCCUAAGUUGUUUGCAUUCAUGGGUACAGCAGUUGCCUCAUUUUGCUUCAUGCAAUUGGAAAUGCUCCCAGAAACUGCUAUGUACAUGAGCUGGAUGUUUCUAAUCACACUUCUACUACUUACCAAGACCUUCAUAGCAUGUCUGUUGCGAUACAGAGGCUGGCUCUCAACUGGAAGAGUGACUACUAGGACUAAAAUAUGGGGUCUGUUAAUGAAGGCGUUGAUUCCAGCUAAUUCCAACCACUACUGCUUCAAAACAGUGUUACCACCUCUUCCGUUUCCUAAUAGUCUGAAAGUGACGGUGGAUAAGUUUGUGGAGUCAAUGCGUCCAGUUCUCUCAGAAAAAGAAAUGAGCGACUUGCAACGUAAAGCGGACGAGUUCCUUGCAUCCAUCGGCUGGAAACUUCAGUUUAUGCUUAUACUGAGAGCUAUCUGGAAGUGGAACUGGUUUUCUGAUUGGUGGAAACAGUACGUCUAUCUAGCCAAUAGGAAGCCUCUGUUCUGCUCGAAUGUAGCUGGAGGCGAUUCGUAUAGAAUCCAGUAUAACAGAAUGGACCGAAUUGCAGUUUGGACUUACGGAACAUGGAAGUACUUCAUCGAAGGAAGACACAAUGGAGCUCUGUUGCAGCAGAUGACACUCAAUGGUGUGAUUCCAAUGUGCAUGGAUACUGUAAAAUACGUUACUGGCAGUACCAGAAUCCCUAAACAACACAUCGACGAGCACGUGUGGAAAGAUCCCCUGCAAGUCGGCUACGUAGUUGUUCAGUCUAGAGGGAAUUAUUAUAAGAUCUUCAUGUACGAUGACAAAGGAACGAUGCUGUGCCCAGGAACGCUCAAGAUUCUCUUUGAGCAAAUUUGGAUUGACAGCAACCUGCGUGGGUCGAAGCAACGCAAUCCAGCAUUAUUCACAACGCUGCCAAGGGAAGAGUGGUCACAAAUCAGGGAGAGACUAAUUAAGAUAUCUCCCGAAGCACUUCAAGCUGUGGAGGAUGGCGCGUUUAUGGUGAAUUUGGAAGACGAGAUGUCCGAUGCGAAUGGUGAUUACUAUCUGUACGGUAACCACGGACACGGAAAAGUAUGGCUGGACAAAUCACUUUCGUUUACCACGUUCAAAAGCGGACGCGUAAUAACGAUGUUUGAGCACUCGUGCUUUGACGGACUAGUCAUGUCGUUGGGAAAGAAUUUCGCGGUCAUCGAAGAGUUCUUCGCUCAUGAGAUCAACGGAUUCAGCUGGUUUGACAAAAAAGGUCUGAAUACUAUCGAAAACGGGGUGUACAAUGCAGGAGGGUUCCGGGAACCAGAAGUCAUAGACUUCGGAGACCUUUCACUUUUGGACGACGAUUUCCAAAGAGCUGCUGAUUUCCAGACGGAAGCACAAGACAUCGAAGUCGGUCACAUGCUGGCUGAUAACGUGGAUCGAAAGCUGGCUAAGAAAGUGAGGCUGAGUCCAGAAGGUGUUGUUCAGUGUGCAAUUCAGGCGGCAACUUUUAAGUUGCACCAGAAGGUUAUGCUGACGUAUCAGCCGGCCACGCUGCAGCAUUUUGCAUAUGGGAGGACAGAAAAUAUCCGACCUCUGACAAUGGGAAAGAAGAGGUUUGCAGAGGCGCUACAGGAUUCUGAAGUCACGAAUGAGGAGAAGUUCCGACUUCUUAAGGUGGCGGCGGAGGAGCAUUCGGAGCUGAUCAAGUCGGCGAUGGGUAUGAAGGGAAUCGACCGACAUCUAUUUGCCCUCUACGUCAUAAUGAGGGGACGGGGAAUGGAUUCGGAGUUCCUGGACUACGUGGUCAAUGAUGGUAUGGCGGCUCCUAUGUGCACUAGUUGUGUGCCUCCCAAAGUGUCAGACAAGCUGAAGAUUCUGUCCAAAUACGACGAGGAUUGGACUAAGAACCCGAACGGAGGAGUGUUCCGACAUCAGUGCCCGGAGGGAUAUGGUGUGUUCUACUUGGAGGCAGACAGUACUCGCACCAAGUUUGUCGUCACCGCCAGCAAGUCACACCCCUCAACCAACCCACGUGACUUCUGCAGAGAACUGAUGGGCGUGUUCAACGAUAUCAACUCUAUAAUACAUACGCACCUGCAAGAGAAAGAGGAGGCGCAGGUCAAGGCAACAGGACAAUAGAGUUUAAUUAGAGAGGCGGCAAAGGUAAAAUAACAUAGAAAAAACAGUGGCGUGUUCAUGAAUUUUAAAAAAAAUUUAAUAUAUUUCUUAGUUUUUAGGACAUCACAUUGUUUUAGAUUUUCGAAUUCUUUAGACAGAUCUUAAUUUUAACAAUCCGUGGUAAUUUUUGGGAGUGUAGUAUAAGUGAAGCUCGCGCUUCUUCGAGGAUACAUACCCUUUAUGUAGUUUGUUUAAAUGAUACAUAUGUGAUCUCCCUUAACACGCCACUAAAUCACGAUUGUUGGUGAAUAUAAACAUUGACGGAGUAAGAAAACGGGAUCUGCAUGUAAAAUGUUCAAGAAAGGUGUAAGAAGCAACCAUUGAAACAACUAUUUGGUGACAGCGAAAUUUAAGUUUAUGUUUGUUCCCCUUUUGUCGAAAAUUCUACCUAUAUUCUUCAAAUGCCACUAGCUGGUCACAUUCAUUCAUCCUUAUACGUAGAAUUGAGCUUAACUCAUUUUAAUGUGGCGUGGUUUUUGUGUGCCUGAAGUUUUUGCUGUCAAUUUUGUAUCAAAUUUUAUGUACAUUAUUUCAAGGUAUACUUUUAAAUGCAUAGCAUAAAUUCAAAUUGAAAUUUCAUUGGAA